GCCCUCUAGCGACAGCGGCGGUGGAUAUCACGUCCCUCUGACGUCAUCGCGUAACGUGCGUCCGCACAAUGUGUACGGAAGUGCCAUCAUAACACUUCCAGCUUCCCCUGCUUGUGCUCUCACACUUCUCUUUGGGAUUUAUCCGCUUUUAUUAUCGUUUUUUCUCUCACGGCAUGGCUCUAUAAUGACUUCCCUUCGUGUAAACCAGCAGAUAAGUUUAAAACUAAAGAUUUCCAGCGAAGAGCAAGAUGAGUUCACAGGAUGUGCUGAAGAGUGCGACCACCUUGGCUUCGUAUAAUGUGCUGCUACAGGUGAUGUUUCGUGUCCUCACCUUCUUGUUAAACGCCUUCACGCUGCGCUUUGUGUCCAAAGAGCUGAUUGGGGUCGUCAAUGUCAGGCUUACACUCCUCUACACCACAUUAGUGUUUCUAUCCAGAGAGGCUUUCCGGAGAGCCUGCCUGAGUGGAGGAUCCGGCACAAACCACAGCUGGAGACAAGUUAUCAACCUGCUGUGGCUGACGUUGCCUCUCGGUGUGUUAUGGGCAGCCCUGCUGGUCUGUGUGUGGCUGUGGCUCCUGGAAAUCCCCGAUCCGCAGACGGUCCCUUACUACGGCCCUGCUGUGGUGUUGUUCGCCUUGUCGGGAGUGCAGGAGCUCCUGGCCGAGCCCUUCUGGGUCCUGGCUCAGGCUCACAUGUUUGUCCGACUGAAGGUGGUGGCCGAGAGCUUAGCGAUGAUCGCUAAGUGCAGUAUAACUGUGGUGCUGGUGGUGUUUGCCCGGGAAUGGGGCCUUUACAUCUUCUGUGCUGCUCAUUUGGUGUACACAGGAUUCCUGGUGCUCUGCUAUGCUGUGUACUUCAUUCGUUUCUUGGGCUCUAAAGAAGCAGCCCGGAAGAGUUUCCCUCUGCACAGUGUUGGAGAUUUCUUUCCCCGUAGAGCUAAAGGAGAGCCCCUGGUUGACUGGACUCUGGCCCGGCUCACGUGGAGCUUCUUCAAGCAGUCCUUCCUCAAACAGAUCCUGACAGAAGGCGAGCGUUACGUCAUGACCUUCUUGAACGUCCUCAGCUUUGGAGACCAGGGAGUUUACGACAUUGUCAACAAUCUGGGCUCCAUGGUGGCUCGCUUCAUCUUCUUGCCCAUCGAGGAGAGCUUCUACAUCUUCUUUGCCAAAGUGCUGGAGCGAGGACGCGAUGUUAAAAGUCAGAAACAGGAUGAUGUUGCCAUUGCGGCAGAGGUUCUGGAGUGUCUGCUGAAACUGGUGCUGGUGGUUGGUCUGAUUAUCACAGUGUUUGGCUACGCCUACUCUCACUUGGCUCUGGACAUUUAUGGUGGAUCUCUACUGAGCAGCGGGGCCGGGCCCUCUUUGCUGCGAUGCUACAGCUGCUAUGUUCUCCUGCUUGCUGUAAACGGUGUAACAGAGUGUUUUGUAUUUGCUGCCAUGAGCCAAGAAGAGGUUGACAAGUAUAACUUGGUGAUGCUGGCUCUGUCUCUGUCUUUUCUGAUCCUGUCCUACAUGUUGACAUGGUGGUCCGGUGCUGUAGGCUUCAUACUGGCAAACUGCCUUAACAUGGGCCUGCGUAUCUUGCACAGCUUGCUUUACAUACAACAUUACUUCCAGCACAGUCAAUGGAAACCUCUGCGAGGCCUGUUGCCCUCCCCGCUUCUACUGUUGGCACUCGCUGUCAGUGGCGUUGUCACAGCGCUGUCUGAAGGUUUGUUCUGCUGUGACGAUGGCUGGUUGCUGAGGCUGGUCCACAUCGGUGUAGGAGCGGCGUGUCUACUCGUUGUACUUGUAGCUGUUGUUCUCACAGAGACUCAGCUUAUUCACUUUGUGAGGACUCAGCUGUUACCCCGAUACACGAAGAAACACACUUAAAUUGGACUGGAGGUGUGUGUACUGGACUGGAAGGAAAACAGGAGACAGUUACUGACGAACAACUGUGUGGGAACAACUUUUUAAAGAGGACCUUACGUGUGUGUGUGUGUAUGAGUGUGUGUAUGAGUGUGUGUAUGAUGUCUGUUUUGGGAUUUGAUGUGGGUGAUAAAAAAUUUUUAUUUUAAGACAGUUGAAUUAGUUUCAGGAACAGACCGUCCUACACAGUAAAACAAGGCAACAAGAUUCAUAUUUGUGGUGUUAUAAUUAAUUUAAUGACAAAAUAUGAAUGUAUAAACUGUAAGCAGCCCAAAGC